GACGUAGAGAGCGCGUGAGGCGGGGGAAUGCGAACACGAGCCCCGACGCCACACACCACCACACUACACCACACUACACCAUCCAGCAGCCAGCGCACUGAGCACACAGAGACAGCACGCACAAGAGAUCUGGAUCCAACUUUCCACGGAUUAUUUCUGCGCUCUCACCCGGGGACAGACGACGGAGGAGCGGGCUUGUUCAUCACAGCCAUGAGGAGCCCUACCCCCCACCACUGAGCCACCCGGGUCAAAGGUCAAGUGCUGUGUGUUGGGGGGCAGACAUGGCUGACCGAGAGGGGCUGCCCAUCGCCCCGGGACAGGUGUACAUAGAGGUGGAGUACGACUACGAGUACAAAGCCAAGGAUAAGCUAGUGACCAUCCGGCAGGGCGAAUGCUACCUGCUGGUCAAGAAAACCAAUGAGGACUGGUGGCAGGUGCGUCGGGAUGAGGGCACCAAGACCUUCUACGUCCCAGCGCAGUACGUGAGGGAGGUGCGGCGAGCUCUCCUGCCCCCCCAUAAACCCUCCCUGAGAGCCAAACCCUCCGUCCUGGAGAUCUGCCGGGCAUCAGAUGAGAACCUGAACAGACCCCAGCCCGAGAUGACCAGCUUUGGACGGCCGCCCCCUUCCUCCACGCCCUCGCCCUCCUCUGACCGGGUCACGCCUCCAGCCCUGCACCGCGACCCCAACCAGAAUCCCAACAAUCAGAGCCACAACCAGAAUCCCAACCAGUCAGUCAACCUACCCAAUAACCUACCCAACAACCAACCGCACAGCCAGCCCCACAGCCAGCCCCACAGCCAGCCCCACAACCAGCCCCACAACCAGCCCCACAACCAGCCCCACAACCAACCCCACAACCAGCCCCACAGCCAGCCUCUAGGCAGUCCGCAGCAUUGCAAACUGGUGGCAGAGCUGGUGCUUCUUCACAAUAACAAUAACCACCAUCUGAACACGCUGCAGAGGACGCGCUCAGACUCUCCCCCCCUCAGAGGCCCUGCCCACAGCCGCAGCCCGGACAGCGACAAGGCGGCAUCGCCCAGUGACCCACCUCCACACGUCCUACGUCACGACUCUGAGUCCGGGGACGAGCUCAGCAGCAGCAGCACUGAGCACAUGCAGAGCAACUCUCCCACGGGCCCAGGCCGCUCCGACUCCCCGGUCUACACUAACCUCCAGGAGCUGAAGAUCUCUCAGUCCAACCUGCCCCCAGUGCCCUCAGGCUCCCCCUUGCACCUGCACGGAGACUGGGAGACGCACAAGGACCCCAGUGGCAGACACUUCUACUACCACCGGGCCACGGGAGAGAGAACGUGGAAGCCCCCCCGCACCAGGGACGCAUCCAGCACCAGCAGCCUGAGAGGGGACAGUCUGAGAGGAGACAGUCUGAGAGGGGACAGCCUGAGAGGGGACAGCCAGGGCCACGCAGAGACCGAGCCGCUAUCCUCUGAAGAGAACUGUAACAGCACACACUCUAGUCAGUCAGACAGUCAGUACGGGUCACCCCCUAGAGGCUGGUCUGAGGAGCUGGACGAGCACGGCCACACUACCUACGUGUCGGAGUACACCCAGGAGAAGUGGAUUAAACAUGUGGACGAGCAGGGGCGGCCAUAUUACUACAGUGCAGACGGCUCCAGGUCAGAGUGGGAGCUGCCCAAGUAUAACAUCUCGCCUCAGUCGGGGGAGCUGCCCAAAAGCCGUAGUCUGGAGAGGAAGCAGCAGGAGCCCAUAGUUCUGACCAAGUGGAGACACAGCACCUACGUACUGGACCUCAAUGACAAGGAGAAUGCUCCAGCCGGGCCCAAGCAGAGCUCCCCAGACUCUGACUCGUGCCCCUCGUCUCCCAAACACCCCUCCACUCCCUCAGAAAAGUGUGGAGUCCUCAACGUCACUAAGAUCACGGAGAAUGGAAAGAAAGUCAGGAAGAACUGGGCAUCGUCCUGGACUGUGCUGCAGGGCUCCUCUCUGCUCUUUGCCAAGGGGCAGGGCGGCACCACCAGCUGGUCGUAUUAUCGCAGCAGCUCUCUCCCUGAGCUCCUCCUCUCCCUCCUCACCUCCUGGAAGUUGUCAGCCAAACCCCGGCCCGCUGUGUCCUAUGUGGCCUCCGCUAAGUUCGGGGGAAACCAGUCCAAGCCAGAGUUCACAGUGGACCUGAGAGGAGGCUCUGUGGAGUGGGCCUCCAAAGACAAGUCCAGCAAGAAGCACGUCAUCGAGCUGAAGACGCGUCAGGGUACAGAGCUGCUGAUCCAGUCUGAGAUCGACAGUGUGAUCAACGACUGGUACAGAGCCCUGAGCGACACCAUCAGCACACACGCAUGGGAGUCGGACGAGGCCAUCGAGGAAGACAUGCCUGAGUCUCCAGGAGCAGAGAAACAAGACAAGGAGAAGGAGCACCGAGACUCCAAGAAGAACAGAGUGAUGAAGAGUUCGGUGAGCAUGGACGUCUCAGACCAGAAAAAGACCAGGAUGAAGCUCAAGAAGUUCCUCAUACGACGGCCCACCUACCAGGCCGUCCGAGACAAGGGCUAUAUCAAAGACACGGUGUUUGGCUGUAAUCUGAGCGCUCUGUGUCAGAGGGAGAACUCCACUGUGCCCAAGUUUGUGCGAAUGUGCAUCGACCAUGUGGAGGACACAGGGCUGGAUGUGGAUGGCCUGUACAGAGUUAGCGGGAACCUGGCAGUCAUCCAGAAGCUGCGGUUUGCUGUCAAUCACGAUGAGAAGCUGGAGCUGGACGACAGUAAAUGGGAGGACAUCCAUGUGACCACUGGAGCGCUCAAGAUGUUCUUCAGAGAGCUGCCCGAGCCCCUCUUCACCUACGCAUCAUUCAACGACUUUGUCAACGCUAUCAAGUGUCAGGACUACAAACAGAGACUCAACUCGAUCAGAGACUUGAUCAAGAAGCUGCCUAAGCCCAACCACGACACAAUGCAGGCGCUCUUCAAACACCUGCGCAGGGUGGUGGAGCACGGGGAGGCUAACCGGAUGACCACCCAGAGCGUAGCCAUCGUGUUCGGGCCCACCCUCCUGCGCCCCGAGACAGAGAGCGGGAACAUCGCCGUGCACAUGGUCUACCAGAACCAGAUCGUAGAGCUCAUCCUCAUAGAGUACGACAGCGUGUUCGGCAGGUAGAGCCACGGCGCCUGCCCCGUGCACCUGCCGCGCCCCUCGCACCUGUGGCACCUGCCUAUGGACCAAGCCUGGACGCACACCUCGCAUUUACCUGUUGCACUUAUCAAGGAUUUCCGAUGCCAUAAGUGUUGAUCUAGCACUGGAUAAAACGGGCCAGUAGUGACACAGCACCUGGUAGCAACUGAUGAGUAAUAACAGCCAAUCAUGUAACAGAACUGUGAUAAUGUAUUUGUUUUUAAAUGUAAUAAGCCGAGAAUGUAACAAUAGACCAGUUGCUUUAUAUCAGAUGCCCUCCCAAUCUGCUUUAGCACUGUGUCAGAUGCCGCACCAACUUCCUUUUCAUGGAUUUCAGCUUCCUGUUUAGAGAGAACAUUUUUAGGACUGUUGGCCAUUUAAAAGAUAUAAUAUUUUGUUUUGAAUUGUUAAUUGCUAUGGCAACUGUGCUGGAUUUUUAUCAUUUUGAAAACCAUGGACAUCCCUAUGUAUCAGGUGCCCUACCAUGCUCUUAUAUCCCAGAUCAGAUGCCCUCCCAUCCUCCUCUAUCCCAUGUUUCUUUUCAUGGAUUUCAUUUUCUUGACCUAUUGACUAUUCAAAAGAUUUUCAAGAAUAUUUUGUUUUGAAUACUUAAUACUAUGGCGACGGUGCUAUUUUUCAUCAUAGUGAAGCCCAUGGAUAUCCCUAGACUUAAAAAGUUCUCAAAAGUGAUUUUAAUAUUCAUAAAUGCAUGUAUAUUGUUGCAUAACUGACUUGUUCCAUUUAAAAUCCCAUUACACUGGCUGUUACAUUCUGGGCUGUUGUUACAUCACAGUUGCUACACACCUCAUUUUGGCAUUAAACUUUGGGAUGCUCCUUUUGGACUUUAUGGACCUGUGGAGUGACUUUUCUGAGACUCUUCGUGGACAUUAAUCAGUGUUAUUGUUUGGGAGCAUGGAGAACCCUGAGGAGCACUUGGAUGGUUGGACCAGUUUAUGGACAGAACCUUCUCCUGUUUGAGUGAUGUGAGCAGUGGACUUUGGAACUUUGAGGCACAAGUCCUUUCUUCUCGUUGGUCUUGUGGAUUUGGUAUGGCCGUGUAUUGUUAUGUCCGGUGGGAUUUGGAAAACUCCCCAAAAAGUUCAAAAUGAAUAAAUUGUGUUGGCUGUUUUUCCAUCAGUUGUUGUUUUAAUAGAAAGUGGUAAUGUUAAAGAGCCCACAUUACUUACUGUAUUUGAUCUAUGUUAUAAUGUUGUGUCUUCAUCAAAAACACACUCAAAGUUUUGUUUUGUUUCAUUCAUAACUUAAAAACUACCACCACAUGACAUCACAAGGUGGAACGGACCAUUUUGAGCUUUGGAGACGUAGGCAAGCCAAUAAUGCAGCGUUAUUCAAACAUGUGAAUGAAACAAAACACAACUCCGGAUAUGUUUUUGAUGAGGUAAUAACAUUACAACAUGGACUCAAUUGAGUUUAAUAUAGGACAUUUAAAGCUGCACUGAGUAACUUUUCUGGUACAGGGUCAGAGAUGUGAUUGCUUUGAAUGUUCCGCAGUAUUAAAAUAGUUUAUCUUGCAUUUAUUCAAUUACAGGUGUUUCUAUUGCUGUGAGCGGAGUCGCCUCUUCAUAGAUCUGACCUGUUACUUAAUGUGUUUAUGUCUCCUACUUGUUUCCAUAGCGAUCGAUACAUUUUAAUGCUACAUUGUGGAAAAUAUCAGGUAAAGCGAUAACAUCAACAUGGAGAUAAUGAAAAGUUGUCAUUUUAAAGGUGGAUUAUGCAGUUUGUCUGGAAUGUUCCUCAGCACGGCAUUAAAUGUAUCGAGCUCCAAGCAAGUGGCAGAUCUUCAACGUGAAAAGUUACACAGUGCGUCUUUAAACUCUCACUUUCUAUGAACAUAAACGAUUAGAUGGUAAAACUCGCUCAACAUUUCAUUUGAUUGUUUUUGAAAAUUUAAAUAUGAAUAAAAAAAAUAAAUGUUGGUCAACCCUAUUGUGUUUUGAAAAAAUGAACGAGUAUCGCGACUGCACAGAACUUGUAAACACAUGUGUCCUGAACUAUUUUGUGAAGAUGAAAUACAGUGCUAAUAAAGUUGCUAAUUUAUAAGCUAAUGAAACGCAUAACCACAUCACCAUUGUGAAAAGGUCACGAUUAAGCUACAGUGUUCAGAUCAGUGUUCAGAAGCAAAGGUCGUGUUAAAAUAAAUGAACACAUUAUCUUUUAAGAGCAGGUAUUUUGGUAUUGUAAAAGAAAAAUUAAAAAAACUUGGGCUGUGUUCACACUUGUCAUGGUCUUGUCCUGGUCUUGUCCUCCUCAUCUCAUCCUGCCUGGUCUAGUCCUGGUCUAGUCCUGGUCUAGUCCUGGUCUAGUCCUGGUCUAGUCCUGGUCUAGUCCUGGUCUAGUCCUGGUCUAGUCCUGGUCUAGUCCUGGUCUGGUCCUGGUCUAGCCCUGGUCUGGUCCUGGUCUAGUCCUGGUCUAGCCCUGGUCUGGUCCUGGUCUAGUCCUUGUUUGGUCCUGGUCCUGCUAGUCCCACCUGGUCUAGUUCCUGUCUAGUCCCUGUCUAGUCCUGGUUUAGUCCCACAUGUGACGUGUAUCCAAGUGUGAACGCAGCCCAGAAUCAAUAAAUUUGCUGAUAAUGGAUACAUGUAGGCAGGUCUUAUGAAAUCAUGGCUGUAAUUAAGUUUUUUUUGUAGAUAAUUAUUAAAAUGACAAUAAUGAAACCCAAAACUAUCUCAAAUUAACCCUUAGAUUUGUAUUUUCGCACCAAGCCGGUGUUAAAGCCAGCCGCCAUGUAAACCAACGGACAGACCCCAGUGUGCUGCUUAUUGUGACCUACAUGUAUUCAAAUCUGCGAAAAGAAAUGAUCAACUGAGAAACACAAUUGAUGGUUCAUUAAUGUUUCAUGACAGGCAAGUUGUUGUGUAUUUUUUUUUUUUCGGAUCUAUAUUGUCACCUGAAAAUGUACAAGAAAAUGUCAAGUACUGGACUGGAACUCCCUCAUGUUGUUCAAUGGUUGUCUGCACAUUCUCCACCUCAACCCAAAAUGAUGAAACAAUGUGGACUUUGGAGAGACUUGUGAUCCGUAUGUCUCUGGUCCAGACUCCUGUGGACUUUCGUAUGUGGCACUCUGUGAAUAAAAGUGAUG